AUGGCAGCGGUUGCAAUUGGGAAUAUUGUAUGUGUGAAAAUCGGUGUUGCGUUGGAGAGUAAUGAUUCAGUGGAGUUUACUGGGCAUAACAAUUGGGAAGCACUUUGGAUUUUUGAGCUAGCUAAUGAAUGGAAUGUAUGGAAAAACGUGACGUUUCUAGUGGUCUUGAGUUUAUAUGGUGGCGGGUUAGUAAAGGUGGCGAGGUGCUGGGACAUGGUGCUUGACAGGCUAACUGGUACGUAUGCUGAAAUGGAUAGCUUCCUCUUCACCUCAGAGUCUGUCAAUGAAGGCCACCCAGACAAGCUCUGUGACCAGGUCUCUGAUGCCAUCCUCGAUGCUUGCCUAGAACAAGAUCCCGAGAGCAAAGUUGCCUGUGAAACCUGCACAAAGACCAACAUGGUCAUGGUCUUUGGUGAGAUCACGACCCAGGCCAAAGUCAACUACGAGAAGAUAGUUCGAGAUACUUGCAGAGGCAUUGGUUUCACAUGUCCUGAUGUUGGAUUGGAUGCUGAUCACUGCAAGGUCCUUGUCAACAUUGAGCAACAAAGCCCUGACAUUGCCCAGGGCGUUCACGGUCACCUCACCAGGAAACCUGAGGAAAUUGGAGCUGGUGACCAAGGCCACAUGUUCGGCUAUGCUACUGAUGAGACACCUGAGCUCAUGCCUCUCACUCAUGUCCUUGCCACCACACUUGGUGCCAAGCUCACUGAGGUGAGAAAGAAUAAGACGUGCCCGUGGCUCAGGCCUGAUGGCAAGACCCAAGUAACUGUUGAAUACCGGAAUGAAGGUGGUGUCAUGGUGCCUGUCAGAGUUCAUACUGUUCUCAUCUCAACCCAACAUGACGAGACGGUUACCAACGAGCAGAUUGCCAAGGAUUUGAAAGAACAUGUAAUUAAACCUGUCAUCCCAGCCAAGUAUCUUGAUGACAAGACCAUCUUCCACCUCAAUCCAUCAGGUCGGUUUGUCAUUGGUGGUCCCCAUGGCGAUGCAGGACUCACUGGCCGGAAGAUUAUUAUCGACACCUAUGGUGGGUGGGGUGCUCAUGGAGGAGGUGCUUUUUCAGGCAAAGAUCCUACUAAAGUGGACAGGAGUGGUGCAUAUAUUGUUAGGCAGGCAGCCAAGAGUGUGGUGGCUUCAGGACUUGCUAGGCGCUGCAUUGUGCAGGUUUCCUAUGCAAUUGGUGUGCCAGAACCUCUUUCAGUAUUUGUUGACACUUACAAGACUGGAAAAAUCCCAGACAAGGAUAUUUUGGCUCUGAUCAAGGAGAACUUUGACUUCAGGCCUGGUAUGAUUGCCAUCAAUCUUGAUCUGAAGAGAGGAGGCAACUUCAGGUUCCAGAAGACUGCUGCAUAUGGUCAUUUUGGCCGUGAAGACCCUGAUUUCACCUGGGAAACUGUUAAGAUCCUCAAACCCAAAGCUUGA